UCGGGAGGGGCGGUGACUUCUCUGCUCCGGAUCUGCUAGCGGGUCCGCGACGGCCGGCGGCCGGCUGGAGGGGCGGCGCCAUGAAGCUGUACAGCCUGAGCGUCUUCUACAAAGCUGAGUCCAAGGUGGGCCUUCUAAAGACUGCUCAAGACGUGUCCUCCUUCAGCUUCUUCCAGAGGUCCAGUGUUCAGGAAUUCAUGACCUUCACAAGUCAAAUGAUUGUCGAGCGCUCAGCGAAAGGCAGCCGAGCUUCUGUCAAAGAACAAGAAUACUUGUGCCACGUCUACGUGCGAAAUGACAGCCUUGCAGGAGUGGUCAUUGCUGACAGCGAGUAUCCAUCACGGGUGGCGUUUAGCUUGCUAGAGAAGGUACUGGAUGAAUUCUCCAAGGAGGUUGACAGGAUAGAAUGGCCAGUUGGAUCCCCUGAGACCAUUUGCUUUACAAAACUGGGUGAUUACCUUAGCAGAUACCAGAACCCUCGAGAAGCUGACCCCAUGUCUAAAGUGCAAGCUGAACUAGAUGAAACCAAAAUUAUUCUGCAUAACACCAUGGAGUCCUUGUUAGAGAGAGGAGAGAAGCUGGAUGACCUGGUGUCCAAAUCUGAAGUGCUGGGAGUACAGUCUAAGGCCUUCUAUAAAACAGCCCGGAAACAGAACUCGUGCUGUGCAAUCAUGUGACAACAGCUAGCUGAGGUCCCUGCGCUGGAACAUCACCAUCAUUCCCAUUAGAACCACGGCCCCCAGAGGAGCAGCGCCAGCCGUGGAAAGAGGCGGAGUGGGGACAGAAUUCUGUUGCAUAUUGGAGCUCCUGGAAGGAGCCAAGGGGUGGCAGAAGGGAUCUGGGGGUGGGGGACAUUCAAAUCCAUGCAUCCAGUAAUUCUUGAAAUAUAAUCCCAGACCCCCCAAA